AUUGAACAAAUUUUGGAAUGUUAUCAUAAAUUUUGUAAAAAAUAAAAUAUGCAAAGUCUUUGUAUUGCUUUAAAGUUUAAGUGAUAUCAUAUAUUAAAAAAUGGACAAAGCACACUCUUCGAAAAUUCCAAUAAAAGCGAAGAGAACUGAAUUGCUUGAUAAACUUUCCUCCGAUGACAAUGAUCUUGAGGGCUAUGAUCUGUAUAUGGGCAUCUGGGAAUUAAGCGUUAGCCUUGGUAACUUCAACCACAAUGUGGACGAAUCUGUGAAAUUUAUAACUGAAAAUAAUUCGACUACGAACGACUCAUUUGAGCUGAUCCUGCUCAAUGAUUUUCGGAUGAAAUUCGAAGAAUUGCAAGAUGGUGCGGAUUCUGAGGAGAAGACUCUUCACGAGGCUCGCAGCGAUCUCUUUAUGCGUCUUUAUAAGGAACUGGUUGACAUAGAACAGGAACCAUUAAGACGCGAGUACUUGAAUCUCUGCUAUGAACUCUUUGACUCCGUCCACCCAAAACUAGGAGACCGAAAAAAGUCAUAUGCCUAUCGAUUGGAACUCAUAGAUCGUUUGCAUGCUCAGGUUCAAAACAUAUUGCGUCGUCUUAAUGGAACUUCAGAUGUCGACAGAAUAUCCUCUGAUUCCCUUAUUAAUAUCUGUCUGGGAUCGAAGACAUCCCAAAAUGAAGCCUUAGAUGUAUUAAAUAGAGAAAUCUCUAAUCUAGUAAAAGAAGUCAAGUCUGAGAAAAUCAUAGAAAAAAGAAAAUUAGAGUCAAGCCGAAUAGAAGGUUAUCAAUUGAUUGAGGAUUGCAUGGUUAUGACUACGUGCUUUUCAAAAAGCUUCAGGAUUGAAAGCGAAGUCCCUCAGAUUACUAAUCGAACAAUAAUUCCCGGACCGGAAGAUUUAGUCGCCAAAGAAAGAACUUCUAGUAAAUGUCUGAAAAAUUAUACCUUGAUAGGUUCUGAGGAAAUUCCUAUGCUUGAUUUAAGUAAUCUAAGUGAACCACAUUACAAUGCUUCCGAUAAAUCUAUAUUAAUAAAGGAUCAAUCAAAUUUUGAUAUUGAAAAUUCUAUCAAUUCUCCUAUAGACAAUUUUAAUAAAAUUUCCAUUAGUGAUUUGGGAAGCCUUUCUCAGAAUAACUAUUCAAAAGAUUCCCCUGAUAUUGGUAAUGAUAUAGAAGUUGCAAGAAAUGUUAAAAGUCGUGUUGCUGUUACCAAAAUGGCGGAGUCAACAGAACCGCUUCAUGAAAAAGGAUUAGAUGAUUUCAAUAGUCAAAGAAGAAGAAAUGAUCCACUGUCUUUCAUUUUGAAAGAUUCAAUUUCGGAAAAACCAAAGGAAUAUAAGCAUCUCUUUGACAAAGCAGUUAUCUCGGAUAGUAAGGAAGUUAAAGAUGCUGUAUCUCUGAAUGUUCCUAAGAACGAUUCUGUUUCUACGAUUUGUCUGGAUGAAGAUGUAAGCUCAGAUAGCAUGAAGACUAAAAAGAUUUGUAUGUUGAUCAUUAAAGAAGCUGUUUCUCCAAGUCCUUUGGAAAUCAAAACAUGUAUUCCUAAGAAGGAUGAUUUUAAUAAGGAAGUUAUUUUGGAUGGUAAGAAAGUGAAGGAUGUACAAGAUCUGAAUGUUUCUGGAAACGAUACUUUAUCUACGAACUGUUUGGAUAAAAAUGUCACCUCAGAUGAAAUGGAGAGUAAAGAUAUUUGUACGUCGAUCAUUGAGGAAGCUGACCCACCAAAUGAUUUUAAGAACGAAACUUUUAGUGUCUGUAGUGAUGAUUAUAUUGAAAUGCUUGACGACAAGUCUGCAGCAAGAAUUAUCUCAAGCCGCGACAAGCCCGAUACCUCUAAAUGGAGUCCAUUAAGUUCUCAUAUUCCUUUAAAAAGGACUAUCAAAAGGUCUCUGCCGCUUUCUUAUGAUACUUCUGAUUUUCAUUUGGAGGAAGGUACUACUAAAGGUGAUCAUAAAGUUCAUGGUAGCCUAGAUAAGAUGAAACAUUUUUAUGAAGAUUAUAAGAAUAAACUUGAUUCUAUUACUGAAAUAGAAGAUAAAAUUGACUCGAAAAUCGAUUUAUGUGAAGAUAUCUAUGAAAAUGUCAAGUCGCCCAAUAAUGACUUAAGAUCGGACCAAGUGGGUUUUUCGGACGGAAUUUUAAGUCAACUGAAGCAAACUGUAAGUGAUAUAAAGCUAAACGUUUUAAAGGAAGUUGAUAGGUCUCUGGAAUUAACGUUGCAAAAUGGAAUAUCUGGCGUUCUAUCGAGGAAACCGUCUUUGGAAAAAGCAGGAAAUGCGUCAAAAAAGUUUGGGAGAAAUUCUAAAUUUACUGACGGGCUUCGUUUAAAAUUUCAUAGAAAAAUAUCCCCAAAACUAAUUAAGGAACACCAAAAGAAAGAGGAAGAUGGGAAAUUGCUUUCACCUAUAAUGAGUCCAACAAAAAAGUUAAAUAGUUGUCUCGAGAUUUCUGAAAAUUACCAUACUGCUGAAUGUCCUACCAAUACGAAAAGAAAACGUGAUGACGUGAUAAUAGGCGAUUGCCCAAAAACAGUUGAAUGCAAUUGUUAUGAAACUGAAGAUACAAAUGCUACUUUGUGUAGCAGUGAUAUCCGAGAGGAAUGUUAUUCGUUAGUGGAUGAUUGGUUUUUGGAACCAGCGGAAAAAUCACAUACAUUUUUCGCUGAAGAGGACGAUCAAGAAAUGCUACCACCAAAAUCAAGUCAAGUUACUAAAAUAGAUGAGCCUUUGAGCGCGUUUUUAGAUGAAAAUUGUUCCACUGAAGUCUGUAAUAAUAAUAAUUCGGAAGUUUUAAAGCCUCCCUCAGAUAAUUUGAGCAUUGACUUCUCUGACGAACGCUAUUUAGUAAAAAAUGAUAUUGGUAGUAAUUUAACAUCAGAAAAAUCAGUGGAAAAAUUCUAUGAAUUUUCCACUGAUGAGGAUGGUCAAGAAAUGCCUUUACUAAAAUCCAGUUAUAUUAUUAAAAUAGAUAAGUCUUUGACCGAGUUUUCACAUAAAACUUGUUGCACUGAAACCUGUAUUAACAAUCCGCAAGAUUCAAAAUCUUCUUCGAAUUUUUUAGGAUAUGAUACAUCUGACGAAUGCUGUUUGGAAGAAAAUUAUAUUGAAGGUAAUUUAUCAUCAACCAAAUCAACUGAGAAAUCAAACGAAUUGUCCGCUGAUGAGGAGGGUCAAAAAAAGCUUUCAAUCCAACCAAAUCAAUCUACUAAAAUAGAUAAGUCUUUGUCCGAUUUUUUAUUUACAAAUUGUGACACUGUAGCCUGUACUAGUAAUCAAGAUAAUUUAGUAUAUCCUUUACAUAAUUUACACAUUGAUAUCUCUGACGAAUGCUAUUUGGAAAGAAAUGACUUGAGCUCUAUCUUACCACCGGAAGAAAGAAAUGCUUUUAUCGCUGAAGAGGACCAUAAGUAUACGCUUUCUCCAAUAUUGACAAAUACUUCACAAACCGACAUUAAACAGCCCAACGAAGUGGAUACGUCUUUGACCGAACUUUCAAGAAAAAGUUACCCAUGUGAAGAGAGCGAUAAUAAUAAAAGAAACAGUAAAAACCUAAAUUUAGAUUUAAAGGAUAUAAAAUCGUCAUCGAAUACUAUAUGCAUUGACAUCUCUGAGGAAUACUUGGAUCAAAAUUUUAAGCAAGAAAGUGGAUUUUUCGAUGAACAUGAAAAUCAGGAAAUGCUUUCACCAAUAUUAAGUAAAAUUAAAAAAACCGUGAGUGACGUCAAGCUCAACGUUUUAAAGGAAGUGGAUAAAUCCCUAUCAGAAUUGACUUUAAAAAGUGUCUCUAGUCUUUUACAAAGAAAUCAAACCGAAGAAAAUUAUAAAAACGAGUCGAAAAGUCUGGAAAUUAAUAAAGCCUGUAGAAAUUUAACCGAGGAAAGUAAUAUCUCCUUUGACAUAUCUGAGGAAAGUGACGUUGGGCAAAGCCUUAGAAGGGACGUACAUACAUCUUUAUCGGAAUCGACCUUAAGAAGUACUUCUGAAGUUUUACCUAGAAAUCGCUCCUAUGAAGAUUUUCAGAACAUGUCGCCAAAUUCGGUAUUUAGUUUUAACUCUGGAGAGGGUAAUUCCAUCAUUGAUUUAUGUAAGAAAUGCGAUAUUAAGGUAAACUACUCAAAGACGUUGGAUAAAUACAUUGCUGAUGGCUUAAGUAUACAAAAAAGAAGAUUCAGUGAAAUGGCUAGCAACAAUGGUUCAGGUGAUUUGAAUGUAUGUUCUAAAACAAUUGAGUUUCAAAAUUGGAACAAAAUGUUAUCUAAAUGGCAGCAUCAACGGCAUAUUAUUGCUGCACCUCGUGUCAUAAUCAAAAUCUUUAAAUCGAACUCGGCAUAUAAGUGUUCCUCUGAUGAUCCAAAUGCUCCGGAUUUCUAUGAGCAAUUGGAUCAAUUUUUUGAGAUUACGGGUGAGAAGUGUUGCCCUGCCCUUGACAUAGAUGUAGCUUCGAUUGAAUCCCGGAUAAUAGAGAUACUUAAAAAAACCAGGAAGGUAGUUCCCAGAAAAAUAAGCUACUCCGAUUGGGUGGCUUUGCUGGGCAAAUUCAAUUUAAGGCAGUUUCUGUCACGUGAGGAGAGAGACACUUACGAAUCCUUGCGAUGGCAACUUAGGGAUACGGGUGAUGAGGAUAUAUCCGCAAAGUCUCGAUUCACCGAUGCUCUCCACGGAAUGAUGGGUUACGGAUCGCCGCAUUUGAAGGUAUCAUCUGUAACUGGCAGGCUGCAACUGCGUUCGCCCCAUCAUCAGGAUAGCCUCAGUGAGUCCUAUUUGCUGCUCGUAAUUGGCCACCUGGGGUACUUCUAUCGAGAGUUGGGGAACCACCUGGAUAUACUUGGCCAACGGGGGGAAACUGCUGCUGCUCUCCGAAAAUGUCUGCAAAGUUACCUCUUAGAUUUUAAACUGUUCUAUAAGAGACAAAAAAAGGAUCCCUGCAGUUUACUUAGUUUGUACCGAAACACUCGAGAGCAUCAGGUGGAAUUUCAGUGGCUUCUGGCUGUUAUGCAAAACAUUCAGAAUGAAAAGUCCAUUAUAGUUUCACUGUAUGAGCAAUCGCGCCGAAGAUGCGGAUAUCAAAGAAGUUUAUUGCUAAUGUGGCUAAAAGUGGCAAGCCAACCAAUGAUAUUCAGGCUUCAACAAUGGCUUCUUAGCGGUCACCUUAAUUCUUUUGAUUGCGAUGAGUUUCCCAUCGAACGCUGUAUAACAUCGGAUCAUAGUGAGUUUUGGCAGAAACGCUAUCGAAUUACAGAUAAUUUUUCUGGGCUAUUUGGACCUCAGCUUAGUGAAACUCUGAUUGGCGUGGGCAAAACCAUGGCAUACUCACAAAAUUAUUUGGGUAUGGAGGUGGAAUCUUGUCUGAAAAGCAAAGAAGUACGUGAAAUGUUGCUAGACAAAUUCAAUCACUUCUAUAAAUAUGCCGAUCAGGAACCACUCUGCAAUUUUCUUAGCAAUCUGCACUCGGAAAUUUCCGGCAAGGUCCUAAGAUGUCUUCGGGAAAUAAAGUACAAUCCAAAGUAUCUCUUUUCUCAGCUCUACAAGUACAUAAUGUUAGCGGAUGUGGAGUUCAUCAGAGAUUUUAUAAAUCAUUUCGAGGAGUUUCUCGAAAAACCGGAGAGUUCCUUCAAUAUCCAGCUUUUCAACGAAAUAAAAGAUAAUAUGUUACGCAAGCCCAUCUCGGAUAUCUAUAUAGAUAAGGGCUUCACCGAAGGAUCAAGGUGUUGGUCAUGUCUUGUCCUGCGCUGGAAGUUUCCGAAAUACUGGACUGCUCUACUCGGCGAGGAUGCUGAGGCAUAUGAACCUAUCUCUAUGGCCAUCUGGAGAUUCCAUUAUGUAGACUACGUGCUCUUGGAAAGAAUACUUCAUCAACAGGAGCAAAUUCUCAAUCGCUUCGACUUCGAAUAUUUCGAGGGCCUGGAAGAAACACACAAAUGUUUUGCCAAGCUGAUCAAGAAUUGUCUGGAACUAAUGAAUGUUCUAAGGCAUUAUUUCUUCAAGGAUUUAUUAGAGCCGGCCUUCGAAAGGCUUUUAUUAGCCUGCAACCAGGCUAACACUCUCGAAGAUAUACUAGAUGCAAAUAGAAUAUAUCUAAAGUCCAUAAAACGGGGCUGCCUGCAAACGAAAAGACUUCGAAAAUCGAAUCAGUAUCUAGAGCGACUUUAUAAUUUUAUACUCAAGCUAGAUGAUAAUCUGCAAAAGUUCUUGAAAUCAUGUAAAUCUUUGAAAGAGUAUGUGCUAAAUAUUCAAUUGCAUAAAGCACAUAGUUUGGUUUCCACUUCAUUUAGGGAUCGCAUGCUGACCUUUCGUUUGACCUGUCAAAACUGCUCGUAUGUCAUAAACGAGUUAAGAGAUCAAUUUAUUUCGGGAUUGAUCCGCUUUUUACUGAGUCUGCAUUUAGCAAAUGAAGAUUCAUUAAGGCUGCUUGCUUUAAGUUUGGAUCCCAAAGGCUAUUAUAAGAGAAAAGACAAUAGAUUGAGCCAGGUGCAAUUAUUCGAGUUCAAAAGAAAGGCGAGAAAAAGCAGCUGAGAUAAAAGUACUUGACAAUCCUCUAAGCCAUGAGUAUACAUUUCUUUAUAUUUUUUUGUAACAGUAGAGAUUACUGGCUUUUGUAAAAUGUAUAAAAUCCUUUCCAUAUG